CGCGGAUCCGAUUCCUUGCGAUCCACUCGAAGUCAUUACCCUCCGGAAGAAGUUUGUCUGGUUGUGUCGAUUGAACGGUGCUCACUCCGUCGCUCGACCGGGGCGAGAUCCUUGUUACCCUAGGUUACGCCCCCCGAACGAUCGAGUUGUUUCUGUUCCUCGGAUUCGGCUCUAGGAUUCGAGAUCUUCUUGUCUACCUUGGUGAUUCUUUGUGAGGUAGCUUCUGCUUGCAAGUAUUCUCAUCAUUUCUGCUUUUGACGCUGGAACGACAUGGCAAAACUUGGAACUGUUGGCCGCAGUGGAUUUCUAAGAAAACCCAAUGAGAGUUUGAGGCUCAUUAUUACAACUGUCAUUGGAGUUGCAUUUGGAUACUUGAUAGGAAUCUCCUUUCCUACAGUUAACAUAAUUAAGCUUCACUUCCCUUCCAGCAUCUUAUCAUACAUUGAAGAGAGGAACUCAGGCACCACAACCCAAUCUUUAUUGAAUCACGCUUGGGCUUCUUCCAGUAAUCAAAACAGAAAUAAUUCUACUUCUAGCUCGACUAAUCUUCUGAAGAUUUAUGUACCUACUAAUCCUAGAGGUGCAGAAAGACUACCUCCUGAUAUAGUUGUGUCAGAGUCAGAUUUUUAUUUGCGCAGAUUGUGGGGCAAUCCUGAUGAGGACCUAGCUACCAAACAGAAGUAUCUUGUGACUUUCACAGUUGGAUAUGAGCAGAAACGUAAUAUUGAUGCCGUGGUCAAAAAAUUUUCUGAAGAUUUCACAAUUUUAUUAUUCCAUUAUGAUGGUCGGACUUCUGAGUGGGAUGAAUUUGAGUGGUCAAAACAGGCUAUUCAUGUGAGUGUCAGGAAGCAAACCAAAUGGUGGUAUGCUAAAAGAUUUUUGCACCCUGACAUCGUGGCUCCAUACGAGUACAUCUUCAUAUGGGAUGAGGACCUAGGUGUUGAGCAUUUUGAUGCAGAAAAGUACAUUAAAUUAGUGAAGAAACAUGGGCUGGAGAUUUCACAACCUGGUUUGGAGCCAAACAAUGGUUUGACAUGGCAAAUGACUAAAAGAAGAGGUGACCGUGAAGUGCACAAAGAAACAGAGGAGAGACCAGGCUGGUGUACUGACGCACAUUUGCCUCCAUGUGCUGCAUUUGUGGAAAUUAUGGCACCUGUGUUCUCCAGGGAUGCAUGGCGUUGUGUAUGGCAUAUGAUUCAGAAUGAUCUGGUUCAUGGAUGGGGUCUUGAUUUUGCUCUUAGAAAAUGUGUAGAGCCCGCUCAUGAGAAAAUAGGAGUUGUAGAUUCUCAGUGGAUUGUUCAUCAGGUGGUUCCUUCGCUUGGUAAUCAGGGCCUAGCAGAGAAUGGUAGAGCACCAUGGGAAGGGGUCAGACAGCGUUGUAGGAAAGAAUGGGGCAUGUUUCAAACACGUAUGUCAGAUGCUGAGAAGGCAUAUUUCAGAGCAAUGGGGAUAUCUCCUCCGAAUUCAACAGUUAGAUAAGUGGUUUAUUUUGUCACACAAUAAAUUGGACAGUGUGAUGUGACGUAUGUAGAUAGAUAGAUGCAUCUGUUGAUAAUUUUUUUAACGUUAGAAUUUAUGGCUAUUGCUAGCACAACUGUAGUUGUAGUUUAUCCAGGCCUUAAGGAAUGUUCUUUGGACUUGACCUUCAA